UUCUUCCGGUUGCUACUCUCUGUUGCGUACCAACACAUCCACAGACAGGGACAUCUGACCUUACAUACUAAUCAUUGGAAACACUACAAGAUGAUCGGGCAGAAAAAGAUUUCUUCAUUUUUUAGCCCGAAACCAGCGAAAACGUCAGAGAAACGGACGCUUGCGGAUACACAACAGAACUCGUCGGCAGUGUUAUCUAGCCCAGCGGCUGAUGAAAAGGUAGGCAGAUUAUCUGUUUGUUUCUGUAUAUGGUUUGUGCAGCUGCAAAGUUUUGUUGAGUCAGAAAGACAGAAAUAUACAGUGUAUCCACCAGUAGAACAAGUAUACACAUGGACACAAUGUUGUGAUAUCAGAGAUGUUAAAGUUGUCAUACUUGGCCAGGAUCCUUAUCAUGGACCAAGACAGGCACAUGGGCUAUGUUUUAGUGUACAAGAAGGAAUCCGGCCGCCACCAAGCUUAGUAAAUAUGUACAAAGAACUUAGCAGUGACAUAGAUGGAUUUCAGUCUCCCGAACAUGGUUACUUAAAGGGAUGGGCCAAGCAAGGCGUCUUGUUGUUGAAUGCUGUGUUAACAGUCAGAGCAGGUGUAGCAAAUUCUCACAAAAACAAAGGUUGGGAGACCUUCACGGACGCAGUCAUUAGUUGGUUGAAUAAAAACUUAGAUGGUGUGGUGUUCUUACUAUGGGGAUCAUACGCUCACAAGAAAGGUGCUAUUAUUGACAAGAAACAUCACAUUUUAAAGUCAGUGCAUCCCUCUCCAUUGUCAGCUCACAGAGGGUACCUCGGAUGUAAGCAUUUCUCCAAAGCCAACGAGAUACUGGUGAAGCAGGACAAGAGUCCCAUAAACUGGAAAGACCUCCCAUUGGGCAACUAA